AUGGAAUAUCGAUCAAGUAUCAAGAGAUUAGUUGUACUUUUCUGCUUUGUAUGUUUGAUUGCAUACGGAAAUGGCGACAACGAGCAUGAAAAGAUUAAGGUUAAAACCCACCACGAUGAACCGGAAGAGAAGCAUUACUUAAAAGAUGGACAACAUAAUCCUGAUUAUGAUGCAGAAAUGUUUCUUGGUCGUGAUCGUGCUACAUUAUUUAAAGAAUUACCAGAAAAAGAAGUUCAAGAACGAUUGCGAUCGCUCUUGCAUCAAGUAGAUACCGAUCACGAUAAAAUUAUUAGUGAAAGAGAAAUGGAACAAUGGUUAAGAAAGAUUGAUAAUGAUCGAUUGGCGAAUGAUGCCAAAGUAGUCUUUGAAGAGAUGGAUGAUGAUAAGAGUAAAUCGAUCGAUUUUAAAGAAAUAUCCAAGCAUACUUUUGGUGAUACCGUCGAUGAAGAUAUUGCUAAAAGUGAAGAAUUCAGUAAAUAUGUUGAUAGGGAAAGGAGAAAAUUUGCCUUAGCUGACAUUGAUAAUAGUGAAAGUCUAUCCUUUGAUGAAUUUGUUACAUACCAACAUCCUGAACGACAUCAGCAUUUAUCAGACGUGGUUGUCACCGAUGUUCUUAACGAGAUAGAUAAAAACAAUGACGGCUAUGUGGAAUUCUCCGAAAUGAUUGGUGAUAGUGGCAAUUCUGAUGGUAAAGAGGAUGACUGGAUUAAGAAUGAGAAAAAAGAGUUUGCUAAAUAUGAUAAAGAUGGUGAUCAAAAAUUGAGUACAUCUGAAUUAAAGGAAUGGGUGAUACCAGAUAGGAAAUAUAUUGAUGAAGAAGUUCAGCAUCUAUUAGAAGGAGCUGACACUGAUCAUGAUGGUAGACUGACUAUACGGGAAGCUUUAGCUCAUCAAAACCUUUUAGCUGGUAGUAAAUUAACUGAUUAUGGCAACUUGAAUAUUCUUCGCGAAGAGCUGUAAAUCAGUUCCUCCCGCGUUACAAGCGAUAUUUUCAUACUAAGUAAGAAAAUGAAUAAUUGUCGCAAUGUCAUGUUUUCUAGUAUUUUCUUAUUGUCCUUUUAUCAUAUGUAUAUUAUGGUAGAAUAAUAAUUUUCGGUAUGACAGAUCUGACUUGUGAUAUCAAUCAUUGCAGGUGUAGAUGUUAUUUCUUGCGCUCUAUUAAAUCGCCCUGCAAUAAACAUUAUCUACUAUAUAAUACGUAUGUUUCAAACUUAAGUUAACGUUUUCACUGGUACGUAGAGUCGCAGAUAUCAACUGCAUUAAUUAGGGAUCAUCGAGCGAGAGUGGCUUACUAUCGUGCCAUUUAGAGUAAUUUCUUAUCUAUUUUUGAUAUCAUUUAUUAACUGCAAUUUUUUGCCGAUAUUUUCAAACGCUUAAACUAUUUUCAAAUUUGAUUAAUUCAUUAAUCAAUCAAUAUUAAAAGAUUCGGCUAUUUUAGGAUCCGUUAGAUCGUUAUUUAAAUUGAAUUGACAAAAAUAAAGUAUGUC